CAGAGUGUGUUGCUGUCUGUGGCUGUUGUCAGCGUAUCCACUAUCAUACAUGAACGAGACGUGAAGACACCUACAGCAUUUUCAGAUUCAACAAACCGAGAACUAGUUAACAUCAGACCAUUACAAUCGGAUAGUAAGUUUGGGCUUAUAAGGUACGAAUUCCGUGCCUUUGGUCGUGAGUAUAAGCUGAACCUGGUAGAUAACAAUGGUAUAGUAUCUUCAUAUGGUGAAUAUGGUUUACCUGUCCUAGUGCAAGAUGAAACCGGAGAUAGACAUACCAUGGCUAAUUUGUUACAGCACGGCAUAAGGUUUUACCAUGACAUUUAUUUAGAUGGUUCUUUCGGAAUCUGGAAGAAUUCUACCAACUUCAUCAUCGAGGGUGUUAUUCAUGAUUACGACGCUGACUUUAUUAUUGAAACGAUUCCAAACAGUGAGAACGGGUUACAUGCAAUAAUACGAAGAAACCAUUUUCAUCAACAAACGAAGUCUCAAGAAGCAAAGUCAUUAUGGCCGAUAGAUAUAUUGAAGCGUUCCGUUAGAAAUGUGGCACCAAUUUCUGGCAGCGUCAUAGGUAAAGUGGAAAUAUUAAUUUGGACAGAUUAUGCCAUGUAUAAAUCAUUUAAAGAACAUUAUCCGACGUCUGCUGACAUAGAACAUGAGAUGACAAAAUAUGUGGCCGUUGUCAUAAAUGCGGCUGAUAGAAGGUAUAAAGCAGGAAUUCGUGACAAAUCUCUUCAACUAUCAUUGUCGUUAUCUGGUCUUAUUAUAUGUAAGACACGAAAUUGUUCUAGUUUUCUUGAAAACAUUAAUCACGAGGGAAAAGUUGAAGAUGAUGUUGGUUUAAAUGCCUUUUCUAGUGAACUUGUCCAACAGUAUAACAAGUUAAAACUUAGGUUUAAAUACGACCACGCUAUGGCUCUAACUAGAUUACAGAUGGUACACAGUAACAACCCAUUAAAUGGUUUAUCCAAUGUCAACAAGAUUUGUUCAAUAAAAGAUGGUAAAUCGUCAUCUUUAGUAGAUGAUCACGGAGGUUAUAGCUGCGUUGGUACAAUAGUCCAUGAACUGGCGCAUUGUCUAGGUUGUGAUCAUGACGGUUUCUAUCGUUCUACACGAUGUAGUUCGGCGGAUGAAUAUAUCAUGUCAGUUAAAUCACCUCUAUCAAGAAAUGGGUUUUAUUUUUCACAGUGUUCUGUUAAUUCCAUAAAACAAAAUCUCAUGAAACCUGAUGCGUCGUGUAUUAAAGACCCACCUACUGUAAUUGAUAAUUUUCAGAAGUUUACAACAAAUCUUCCUGGUCAGAUUUAUAAUACAACUCAACAAUGCAAAGAUUUGUUUGGUACGAACUUUUGUUUGAGUAUUGGCACUAGAUUAGAAGAUAUUUGUUACAAAAUGUAUUGUUGGGAUCCUCGUGUAGUAAAUACAUGUGUCGCCAGCUUUCCCGCUGCACUAGGCACAUCCUGUGGAAAUCAAAAGUGGUGUAUUGAAGGGGUGUGCGUCUUUGACGACCAGGCGCCGAUAAUUGGUUGACCAAUUCAAAGAUCAAACUUAGUUGUGAAGAAAAUAAAUACAUAAACCUCUAGCAGCAAGCCAGAGAUUCAAAAG